UUCCGGCGGAGGCGCGCGGCGGCGGGGCUUGCUGGGAUCAUGGCGGAGAAUCACUGCGAGCUGCUGCCGCCGGCCCCGGGCGGCCUCGGGGCGGGGCUGGGGGGCGGCCUAUGCCGUCGCUGCAGCGCGGGCCUCGGUGCCCUGGCCCAGCGCCCCGGCAGCGUGUCCAAGUGGGUUCGGCUCAACGUCGGCGGUACCUACUUCCUCACCACCCGGCAGACGCUGUGCCGGGACCCGAAAUCCUUCCUGUACCGUCUGUGCCAGGCCGAUCCCGACCUGGACUCGGACAAGGAUGAGACGGGGGCCUACCUGAUCGACAGAGACCCCACCUACUUCGGGCCUGUGCUCAACUACUUGAGGCACGGGAAGCUGGUGGUCAACAAAGACCUCGCCGAGGAAGGAGUGUUGGAGGAAGCGGAAUUUUACAACAUCACCUCUCUGAUCAAACUCGUAAAGGACAGAAUUCGAGAACGAGACAGCAGAACGUCACAGGUGCCCGUGAAGCACGUGUACCGAGUGCUGCAGUGCCAGGAGGAGGAGCUCACACAGAUGGUGUCCACUAUGUCCGACGGCUGGAAGUUCGAGCAGCUGGUCAGCAUCGGCUCGUCCUACAACUACGGCAGUGAGGACCAGGCGGAGUUCCUUUGUGUGGUGUCCAAGGAGCUGCACACCGCCCCCUAUGGCACAGCCAGCGAGCCCAGCGAGAAGGCCAAGAGUGAGGACGAGGAGCCAGGUCACCAGGGGAAUGACUCAGAUUAAGUAUAAAUGUUACGAUCCUGCAGGAACGGGGCUCGCGGAUGUGAGGGGCAGUUGGCAGCUGAGGAGAUGAUUUUCUUUUUCCCAAGACGCAAUGAACCGCCACGUCCAGGAAGCUUGGCCGUGAGAAGAAACCUGCUUUUGAUAACUUUUCUCGAGAUCUGGGUGUGAAUCCUUUUUUGCCUCUGAGGUGGGUGGUGAGAGACAGGCCAGCUGUCCGAGGCAUCCCUGCGGAGGGGGCGUGGUGGCCGGGUGGGCGCCAUCUCUGGGGCCUGGCUGUUUUCUCCCAGUGCCACAUGGGGCUGCGGCGGCUCCUGACAGCCACCGUCACCGUGGACCCUCUAAGGAGCAGCAUUCUUGGUGCUACAUGGGCGAGCGAGCAGCGCGCCUGUCACGUCCGCACGGGGAGCGAGCCACCGUCCUCGGUCAGCGAGGACCCUGUCUCCCAGCAGCCGUCCUGGGCGGUCUCUCGGCAGAGGCUCCUGACGCAGUCUCACCUGGCACUGCUUCCCUGGCGUUACUGCCGGGCUGGGCCGACCCUCAGAGCCGGACACUGGCCUGGCCCCAGCUGAUGGGGCCAUUUGAGGCUUCUUGAUGCGAGAGGACUUUGUACCCCCUUUCCCGGUGUGGACAGACUCCCCGCUGUCUGUACUCCAGAGACGCCUAGGAGUGUUGCUGCGCUUGGAUCGAUCUGUGAAAUCGCCCGGCGGGAGGCAGAGGCUCUGCCCCGGGCCAGCACGCUCCUGUGCCUUCUGUGUGCUGGUGGGAGGCAGGCUGAGGCCGUGGGCCCGGCGUCCGAGCAGGGACUUGCUCACGUCGGAGGUCCCUGACGCCCACCGCCACGCUCUCGUCCCUCUGAGUAACUAUGCAGCUCUUCUCUAACGGCUCGGGGACGUUUAAGCCUUUACAGGACCAGCCCCAGCCCUGCCGCCUGACCCAGCGUCGGAGCUGCUAGGGUUCUUCUGGCAGGGACUGCUGCCCUGUGCUGUGGACACAGGCCUCGACUGGCCUGCGACCUGGCUGGCCCGCCUGCUGCUCCCAGCCUCAGGCUCCCCGGGGAGCGGGCUGCUGGCUCGGAAGGCGAGGUGCUCACGCGCUCUGGCCUCCGGAGGCUCUGGCUGAGGCCCUCUCCUCUCCUCGCCAAUGACCCAAUUAACUGCGUUCUCCGGCACCUAGGGCUUACCUCCUCGUUUUGUGAGGCCUCUUGUUAAAUGUUUGGCUUCAGUAGUUGAUAAAAGCCCUCUGGAGGGCAGAUGUGGCACCACUGGCCGCGGGGCGAGCUCCAGAGAGCUGCUGGCUGCUCGUCGGGUUAUGACCUUGACGUGAUAGGUAGGUUCGCGUGUUUUUUAAUUUAAAGAUGUUAAGACUUAAUUCACUAAAAUUUAUUCCAAGGGGAUAUUUAUACUUUUAUACUUUUUUAGGUAUCCGUAUUUUAUCAGCUUACAGUUUAAUGCCUAAGUUUCCCCUGAAAAUAGCGAAUAAAAUUGUAUUUAUGAA